GGCUGAGGCGAUUCCGGCGCCCAGGCGGGGGAUGGUGGGGUGUCGUUAGUGCCGGCGCCUGGAGUUUCCCUCGGGAACGGGUUAAUGUGCGUUUGGGAGUUUAGGUUAAUGCCCUGCGGCCGUUCCGCCCGCGGCUCUUGAUGGCUCAGGAGCUUGUAGGAGCUCGGGCAUCCCUCCGUUCCUCCGAGGGGAGGCCACCGGCCCCGCUGAGGCAGCACAGGACCGUGCUGGGAUCACUCUGCCAUGUCGUGUCCUAAAAACAGCAGAGCAGAAGCUGGAGUAGGAUCUCUUUCUCCCCUUAGCUCAGGAUAACAAAGGAGGCCUCAUCCAAAAUACGUCCCUGCUGUUGUGAUAGGACCUGACAAGUAAAGUUGUUGGCUUUGGAUGAACAGAUGCCUGCACACAACGGUGAAGUUUCUGAGGAAAACUGGAACGGAGCAGAGGUGGUUGGAGAGGCACUUGAAGGAUCCCUUUGUCAAGGCAUCGAAGCAGCAGCAUUACCGUUGUCGAAGUGCCUUCAAGUUGCUGGAAAUUGAUGACAAGCUUCGUGUUCUUCGUCCAGGACUUUCUGUUCUUGACUGUGGAGCAGCACCUGGUGCUUGGAGCCAGGUUGCUGUAGAGAGGGUCAAUGCCUUAGGUACUGAUUCCGCUGUCCCUCGGGGCUUCGUGCUUGGCGUUGACCUGCUGCGGAUUUCUCCUCUGGAAGGAGCGGUUUUCCUGUCGGAGGCUGACAUUGCAGACCCCAGCACACUGAGGGCGAUCCAGAGCCUGCUUCCCUUAGGGCAGGCAGAUAUCAUCCUGAGUGACAUGGCACCCAACGCCACGGGCAUUAAAGAACUGGAUCAUCAGAAGCUGAUCAAUCUGUGUUUGGGCCUUCUGGAUGUCUCCCAAAGCAUUUUAAAGCCCAAAGGAACGAUGCUCUGUAAAUUCUGGGAUGGAUCCGAGGCCCGUGUUCUGCAAAACAGACUGAAGGAGCAGUUCCAGGAUGUGAGAACUAUAAAGCCUCAGGCCAGCCGGAAGGACUCUGCAGAAUCUUAUUACUUGGCAAGGCUGUACAGAGGGAAAUGAAAGUCAAGAACUGCAGAUUCUCUGACACUGAUUGGAAAUCUCAACUUAGUGCGUGUUUAAAGGAAAAUCCCACCAAAAUCCCACCAUUAAGACCCUGGGAAAAUUUGCUGCUCUUCUCAAAGUCCAUCAGGCUUUUCAAAUACUUGUGGACAAAAUGGUUGGGAAUGGAGUGGAGUAAUCUGAAAGGCAACCUCUGGGGCUGGAGUAAUGGAAAUGAAAAUAAAAUGCUGAUUAGAUGAGUUUUUAA